GUACGAAGUUUGACGUAAGUUCCGGGUGGAUUUAUUUAUGUCGAAACAGCUCGCUUGGUCAGCUCUACCAGGUGUAGGUGUACUAACGGACGAUUAUUGUCGUGGAGGGACGACGUGUUUACAAUGCAGUGAACGUGAACGUUUGUCAAGGUAGUUAUGAGUUGGAGUGUAGGGGUCGUCGUGACCUUGGCCCUUCUUGUCUGUGCGUGUGUCUGUGUGUCUGAUGCUAGUGACUUCAUCAACCAGUUUGCUGUCAAGGUCAAUGGAAACAGACAGGAAGUUGAAGAGAUCGCCAAAAGCCUGGGAUUCAAGGUGGAACAUGAGCUGCGCAGCAUCAAAGCCUUCCUGAUGAGCCACCCUGAAGUGGAUCAUCGAUCUAAACGCAGCGCCGACACGCAUGUGGACAUUCUCAACGCUCACCCCAAGGUUUUGUAUGCUCAGCAAGAGCAGCUGCUGAUCCGAGAGAAGAGAGAGAUAAUACACGACAAGCAAAUUGAACUGCCGAUCCGCGAGAUCACGGACGACUCGGUCUACCACCGCGUACAAGAGGCGCGACUCAGUGAACGCAGUGGAAGCUUGGAGUACGUGGAACAGUUCACUGACCCCAAAUUCCAUGACCAGUGGUAUUUGCGCAACUAUGGCCAAAGUGCAGGCAAGGUCGGGAUGGACCUGAAUGUUGACCCGGCAUGGAAUAAUGGCUUCACUGGGACCGACGUCAUCAUCUGCAUCCUGGACGACGGCAUCGACCACCAACACGAGGACCUCAGGGACAACUACGAUCCUGCAGCCAGCACAGACUUAAAUGACCUGGAUGACCUCGAGAAUGACCCCAUGCCUGACAAAAGCAACUCUUUAAACAGCCAUGGGACUCGCUGUGCUGGUGAGAUCGCUUCAUCUGCUCACAAUGACAACUGUGGGGUUGGGGUCGCUUUCACCGCCAAAAUUGGAGGUGUGAGGAUUCUGGACGGCAACAUCACCGACUCCCUGGAGGCUGCGGCGCUGGUCUUCAACAACGAGUACAUCGAUAUCUACAGUGCAUCAUGGGGCCCUAAGGACGAUGGCCGCACCAUGGCUCGGCCAGGCACUAUGGCCUCUGAAGCUCUCCGGAAGGGAGUGACAGAGGGUCGUGGAGGUCUGGGCAGCAUCUACGUGUGGGCGACAGGCAAUGGGGGCCUGUAUGAGGAUGACUGCAGCGCUGAUGGCUACGUCUCCAGCAUCGAGAGCAUGUCAUUCGGCUCUGUAACCGAUAAGGGGGAACGGCCCUAUUUCAUGGAGAUAUGCACGUCCACGCUGGCGGUAGUGCCCUCUGGUGGUGAGGUGGUGAAGGGGGAGGAGCAGGAAAUGGGAAUUACAAAGCUCAAAGUGGUAACAACAGACAUCAAUGGUGGGUGUAUCGAGAACUUCCAAGGAACAUCGAGUGCAGCCCCUCUGGCAGCAGGGUGUGUGGCGCUGGCGCUCCAGGCAAAUCCCUCCCUGACCUGGCGUGAUGUCCAGCACAUCGUGGUGCACAGCUCACGCAUCCCCUCCGUCGACCACAGCUGGGUGGUGAACGGCGCCGGCCUCCACGUCAGUCACAAGUUCGGCUUCGGUGUUCUUGAUGCCAGUCGGAUGGUGGAGCUGGCACAAAACUGGGUGACGGUGCCAGAGCAGCAUGUCUGUCGAUACCACCAGGAGAGUGUCAAUAAACAGAUUACAUCAAAGGGGAAGGUGAUUGAUGAGAUUGAGGUAACUGGAUGCACAGGAGAAAGGAACAGAAUCCAUAACCUUGAACAUGUCCAGGUGAAGGUCAAACUGACGCACAGUCGCCGUGGCGACAUACUGAUAAAGCUCCGGUCACCAUCUGGCACCUGGUCGAAGCUCCUGUCACCACGUCCUUACGAUGACAGCGACAAGGGCAUAAGUUUCACCUUCAUGACCGUCCACUCCUGGUCCGAGGACCCCAUAGGAAUAUGGCAGCUUUCUGUCGAGGACAAGCCAGGGGAACCCACAAGGAACAAUGAAGGGGAGUUGCUGGAGUGGAGUCUCAUUCUCUAUGGCACGGCAGAUUCAAGAGUCAACAGGAUGGAUUCCCAUUCCGAAACAGCAAGGAAAACCUUUGUUCCAACUCUGAAGGAGGUAAAACUUCACAUGGACGAAGAACAGGUCAGGACUAACAAGGUGACCCUUACUCCAUACGAGUCAUUUCCUGUGAAAAGGAACGAGUCUGAUGGGCUGGAAGAUAGUAAGUUUGUGGAAAACCUCAUCAAAGCUUUACAGGACUCCAAAGGAAGCAGUGGAGCUUCAGGCAAAACUAAGUCACCGGAUAAAAGAAAACUGGGAAAGACAUAUCUCAGUAAUUGGAACAGAGGAGAUUAUGUUACAGAAGUAAAGAAAUCAUACAACCCUGACCAGAUGCUUGAUGAUGGUGUCUUGGACGAACUGGUUGAUGCAAUGGAAAAGGAAUUUGGUACAGGUUCUGAUGGCUAUAAAAGGACUUCAGAAGCUCUGAGGACUGAAGAUGAUCUGGAGGAUGUAUUGGCUGAGGUCAAACGUAGACUCCAGCUGGAGAGAAGGUUGAUGAAGCAGAAUGCUCAACAAAGGAACUUGGAAGAGGACAAGGAGCAGCAGCAACUCCUGAAGAAACUCCUGGAGGAGGUGAAGAAGGAACAGGAAGAAGACCAGAAGGCAGCUUGGGUGCUGACGAGUAAGAUGGCCAGUCAGCCAAAUGACAAUCUGGACAGACUCCUGAAUGAGGCUCGCAAGAUGCUGAAGCAAAAAGAUACAAGACAAUAUCUGAGAGAUGAAGGGAGAGAUGCUGAGAUUAAAAGUGCUUCCAAGACUGAUAAUGUUGGGGUGGAUCAAAUUACUAUUCGGACUUUGAAAGAUUUACUUAAUUAUCUUGAAGAUACAGAAUAAUAGAAUGGAGAUACGCACAAGUGAGGAACUUGUCAUAUAUAUUGAAUAUAUAAUUUUGUAGAGUUAGAAGGGAAUGGAAUUCUAUUGGAAGAACGUUUUCGAAUGUUUUGUCUCUACUAACUAUACCAAAUAUAUAGCUAAGAUAAUUGUGAUUUACAUAUCGAGUCAGUUAUUGGACUCAAAGAGAACAGGCUGAUACAACCCAGUUCUUGGAGACAUUAUUGAGGAGGAUUUUUCAGGGAUUUUUUGCUCAAUCAUGUACAUUUGUAUACACUUUUAUACUUAAAGAAUCAUAGCUUUUUUAUGAACAUUUUUGUAAAAAGUUUAAAUUGUAGGUAUAUCUAUAUCCAUCUGCCAGAUGGUGAUUGCAGUUCAUUGUCUUCUAAUCUGCUGUAUGUCAAUUUGGUUUUCAUGACUUGUUUCUAUGAAGUAUGUUUAACAGGGACGACUGUUGAUAUUGUUAUUUAUAUUUGUUGCAAAUAUAUCAUAUUUAUAUUUGUGAUGUCAGUUUUGCUGGCUGUAUUCCAUCAUUUCAUUGUCGAUGUCACUUUAUGAUCUGUUGUAACAAUUUCUUUGCUUUUAUAAAUGUUUGAAAGUAUUUACCGUUAUUAUUUUGGUCUACUUUUUCUCACUGAAAUUCUACAUUUCUGAGUCUUAAUGGUCAUAUAUAGGAAUUAGAUUUUUUCUAUGUGGUAAAUUGUCAAUCAAAGUUACAUGUUUUUAUGUAUUUAUGGCAUUGGGAUCAUUUUGGAACUUUCAGUUUAAUUUUAGAUUUACUGUUAUUCAGGAUUGAAAUGUUUGAAAUUUAGGUACAAAAUACUUUGGUUAAUUUAUUUUGGUCCUAUUUGACAAAGAAGGAAUCUGUGAUAGUCGAGUGGUUAAAGGCACAGCAAUUACCUGUGGGGAGUUACUUCCCUUAGUUUGACAAGGACACACUGAUGGUGGGUUUGAAACGCAGAGUCACCCAGAUUAUUAUCAUUGGUUUGCCAUACCAUUUCUAAUGGGUUUAAUCAAAUUGGUAUAUCUCUGACCUGAAAUGCCCUUCCAAGCGGGUUUAAACUCACUCACUCACUCACUGUUUUAGUUGGAGUUGUCUUGUUAAUUUGCUAUUAAUGAAGAUAUAUGUUUAUAUAUAUUUAUAUAUAUGAUUCUAUUGAUUCCAUGAUUAAACCAUAAUAACAGUC